ACAAUUGCUGUGGUAUAGUUUAUGUAAAUUAAACUACUUUUAAACCCUAGGAUGUCUUCGGUGCCAAUCUACCAGAAUGUUUCUUUAACCAUCAUUUUUAACGCGCACAGUGUAUCGGCUCAUAUUAGCUAGAUCGGUUCAGCUAAUACAAUCUCCAGUGCAUAGCUUCAUCAUACGAUACAAAAGAGAUAUACAGGGAAAUAACUAGGUCAAUCCAUGAAAGGGCAGCCAUCUCGCCUGACUCAUAUUAUUUAGCGAGAAAAAGCUGAAAAGGAAGAGUAAAGUGUCCGUACCGGUCGGAUACAGGGCAGUGACAGGGCUGGAUACAGAGCGACCUGUCAGAAUCCAUACUGUUGAUGAAGGAAGGAGAACACAACAGACGUAGCUUAGACUUGUCCUGAAUAAUUCUGCACCCAAUUUGAAAGGGAAUCAGACCGGGGAAUAGCCAACGUUCGAGGGGAUUAGACAUCUUUAAAGCCAGCAACUCUAAAAUGGCGAGUCGUGAUAGAACAAGUUUGCGAACCAUUCCUGAAUUAUCAACAACUCCAGAUGAAACCGAACAAGCCAAUCUGCUCAGGUUUCUUGGUUUCCCAAUGGACGAAGUUGCUGGAGACAGCGCCGACCUCUCAGAAAGAGCACACAAUCUGCAGCUGACGUGCGAGAGAGAAUUCGGCGGGGAUUUUGCUGCUGUUGUCAAAAAGAAACCGGCAAACGUGAACUUCGUUUUGGAACACCAAAAGGGCUGGUACAGAGAGGAAUGGUUCGGAGAUUACCAAUAUAUAAUCUGGAAGCAGUCUGAAGGACAGAAACCAAAAGCAAACAUCAAGCCAGACCUCUUCAUUGCCUUGGUGAACAGUUUUGCCAAUCUCUGCGGUGAAGAAGCAGAAGGGGAGUAUUCAGACUGUCUGCAACGAGCAAGCUACAUAAAGAAGAAAUUACAAGAUGCAACGGGAACAAGCACAAUGUGUGUGUACUGUAUGCAUGAAAAACACGGCGGCGUUGGCUGGAGCUACGACCACAUGCUGGGAUACAAGUACAUAACUGAAUAUUUAGAUGAUUAUAAGUACGGCGCGUGGAUAUAUCGAGAGCCACCCAAAUAGAGCGGAGUGUGAAACUGUAAUUUUGUUUCAUAUCUUGGCUCACAGUGGAAACGUAUCUGUAUAGUUUGUGAUAAAUCUAGGUCUUUGUGUCUGUGUCUGAAAAAUUGAUGGAAACGCAUUUGGCAAAGCAGAAAAUUCUGAAAAAUAUAUGAAAUCCGGCGGUGCUAAAGACGGACGUAAUAGCAUAUUGUUCAAAAGAGUCGUGUGCAAUAACAUUAUUUCACGGCGUUAUUUCUAGACUGCAAUUAAUAAAAGGAAAUGGGAAUUAAUUUUGGCGGCCUAGUAUUUGCCAAUAGCGAAGUUUUCAUAAGUUUGAAAGUAGGUUGAUUGAUGGUAAAAUACCAACAGAAAAAAAUGGACUAUUUUUAUUGAAACCAAAUUAUCGCAGAUAAGACAAGUUCGUGUCUGCUAUCACAUUAUUUAAAGGUCCUCUGCGUUUCAACGACUCUUAAAUAAAAAAAUACAAAUAGUUCGAAAAAGAUUUAAAAUCAAACUGAUGUUCGUAUUUGUACUUAACUAGACUCUUUGAACUCUUCGCAUUUGCAACCAAUUUGACUAAUAAUUUCCAUGAAUCGGGAAGCAGUAAAUCAAUAUCUUCAUCACUCAACUUACCGAGAAACUAAUGUGGCGAAGUAAUAUGCCCCAGACGUCUGAGGGUUCUAAUUAUUUAUUUAUCUACUAAUGCAGACAAAGGUUAUAACAGCAAGUAAUUACUUUUUGUGUAAAUUUUAUGAAUCCGUAAAAGACCUAAAUAUAAAGCCUACGUCUAGUAUGAGGCAGGUUGUUUUACUGAUAACUGCUUUGAGACCUACUGUUAGACUACGUGUCAUUUGAUUACAUAAAUAACGCAAAAGUAUCAUCGUUGACAGAAAUCUCUUUUUAAAUAAAGAAAUUGGCUGUACGUUUGAGAUCAAGCUUCUUGAAAUUAUUGAGCAACAACACAUAUGAAAAGAAAAUAACUUUUGUAAACAGAAACGUAGGUAUUUGAAAGCAUAAUUUUGCCAUUGGUCGACCAUGAUUUAACUACUCGUUAGUGUGGCAAUGAAAAACGUUAAAUUCCUCUAGUCUUUCAGUCUAAUGUGAAAAAAUACACGGGAUAACGGAAACUUAAAUCAUCCUUAACUGUGUACAGAACAUUCGUAGCUUUAUCUGUUUAUAUGUAUUCAAUAACUAGUAACCGAUCAGUUAACUUUCAAUAACCAAAGAUGUGUACUGCUAAGCUGAUUGUACAUUUUGCUAAAGAGUUUAAGGGACUAUAUCUGAUAUGUGAAGAAAUAAAGGAUAUUAA